UUGGUCCUGCAGUAGUGUGGAUUUGUCAAGCACACCUGAUGAGCUUCACCCACAGGGCCUGUGGACAGGGCCAGCCAUGAGGCCCUGCCCCGAAGAGCAGUUCUGGGACCCCCUGCUGAACACCUGUGUCUCCUGUAAGCCCCUGUGCAGCCAGCGCAGCCAGCGCACCUGUGUGGCCUUUUGCAAGUCCCUCAGCUGCCGCAAGGAGCAAGGCAGGUACUAUGACCACCUGCUGAGGGACUGCAUCAGCUGCACCCCGAUCUGCGGGCAGCACCCCAAGCAGUGUGAGCAUUUCUGCGAGAGCAAGUUCAGGAACAGGGGGAACCUCUCGCCAGACCUCAGAAGGCAGCAGAGCGGGGAGUCGGAAAUCAGGGCAGACGGACAGUUCCAGGGGUCCAAGCACGGCGGCUUGGAGGCAGCUCCAGCACCCCCAGGGUCCAGGCUGAGCGCCCAGCAGCUGGCCCUGGUCUACAGCACCCUUGGCAUCUGCCUGUGCGCCAUCAUCUGCUGCUUCCUGUUGGCGGUGGCCUGCUUCCUCAGGAGGAGGGGGGACCAGUUCUCCUGCCAGUCCCUAGCCGGGCGGUGCAGACCUCAGACCAAGUGGUCCCACGAUCCCACGACGGAAGCUGGCCCCGCCACAAGUGCAUCGCCCGACCCGGUGGAAACCUGCAGCUUCUGCUUCCCCGAGCGCAGGGCGCCCACCCAGGAGAGCGCGGGUGCGCCCAAGACGCCCGGCCACGUGGGUGCAGAGAACCAAGGACACCACGCUGGCACCCGGACCCUGCAGCUGUGCGUGCGCGCCCCAGAUGGUGGCCUUGGUCCUGUGUGUUCACCUGCCCGGGAGGGGAGCCCGGGCGCUUGAAGGCAGAUUGCUGCAGACGCCAGCGUCAGAGGUGGGCCACUUCGACCGGCCUGUGAUGUCACCGAGCCAUGCAAUAAAGCCAUGUGCACCUGCUGGCCCA